AACAUGUACUCUGUUUUGCUGUUGUUCCUGCCCCUCCUUAGCGUUUGCUCGGGUUUUUAUGUACCUGGUGUUGCACCAAAAGAAUUUCAAAAGGAUGCCAUUGUUGAGGUCAAGGCUGUGAAGAUGACAAGCAUCAAGACCCAGCUGCCUUAUGAGUAUUAUUCUCUGAAAUUCUGUGAACCCAAAGGAGAGAGAGAAUACAAGAUUGAAAAUCUCGGUGAGGUUCUCAGAGGUGACAGAAUUGUCAAUACUCCUUAUGAGAUAAAAAUGGCCAAGGAUAUGCCAUGCAGAGUUCUAUGUAACUCUAUCAAACUCACAGCCAAGGAGUCUAAACUUAUGGCAGAAAGAAUAAAAAAGAAUUACUAUGUGCAUUUAAUUGUGGAUAAUUUGCCCUGUGCUACACAGUUUAAAAUGAUGGAUUCCGACCAAGUUCAGUAUGAGCAUGGUUACAAGUUGGGAUUUGUUAAAGAUGGAAAGGUGUAUCUGAACAACCAUUUGAAAAUGUACUUGAAAUACCACACUGAUGAUGAUAUCGACUAUCGUGUGGUGGGAUUUGAAGUUGAACCUAAAAGUGUGAAAUUUGGAGAGCUGAACACAGAUGCAGAUGGAAAGUGUGACUUUAAGAGCAACAAGCAAAACGCAAUGGUACAGCUGCAAGAACUGAAUGAAAACGGUGAAAAUGAGAUACUGUACACCUACGAUGUAAAAUGGGAAAAGAGCGACAUCCGCUGGGCAUCCCGCUGGGACAUCUACCUGACCAUGAGUGAUGUACAGAUUCACUGGUUCUCCAUCAUCAACUCGGUGGUGGUCGUGAUUUUCCUGUCAGGUAUAUUGACCAUGAUUAUGGUUAGGACUCUGAGAAAAGACAUUGCUAGAUACAACAGAGAUGAUGAUAUUGAAGAGACUUUGGAGGAGACAGGAUGGAAACUGGUCCAUGGGGAUGUUUUCAGACCCCCCAAACACACCAAGACCCUGGCCUCUCUCCUGGGGGCGGGGAUGCAGAUCUUCUUCAUGGCCCUCAUCACUAUAUUCUUUGCCAUGUUAGGAAUGUUGUCCCCUGCAUCUCGUGGAGCUCUAAUGACAGCUGGCAUUUUCCUAUUUGUUUUCAUGGGGGUUUUUGCAGGGUUUGUGUCAGGCAGGAUUUACAAAACAAUGAAAGGACAGCAGUGGAAGAAAGCAGCUUUCCAGACUGCAACACUGUAUCCUGCAGUAAUGUUUGGAACAGUCUUUGUGCUGAACUUUUUCAUCUGGGGAAAACAUUCGUCUGGUGCUCUACCAUUCACCACCAUGCUAGCCUUGUUGUGCAUGUGGUUCGGUAUCUCUGUGCCUCUGGUUUUCCUGGGAUAUUUCUUUGGAUACAGAAAACAGCCCUAUGAGCACCCAGUGAGAACAAAUCAAAUUCCCAGACAAGUCCCAGAACAGCUGUGGUACAUGAAUCCUGCACUGGGAAUCAUCAUGUCAGGCAUCUUGCCCUUUGGAGCUAUGUUUAUAGAGUUAUUCUUCAUUUUUACAGCAAUAUGGGAGAACCAGUUUUAUUACCUGUUUGGUUUCCUGUUUCUUGUGUUCAUCAUCCUGGUCAUCUCGGUGUCGCAGAUCUCCAUCGUCAUGGUCUACUUCCAGCUCUGUGGUGAGGAUUACCAUUGGUGGUGGAGGUCAUUCAUCGUAUCGGGAGGAUCUGCAGUCUAUGUGUUUGCAUAUUCAAUAUUCUACUUUGUAACAAAGUUGGAGAUCACAGAGUUCAUUCCCACGCUACUGUACUUUGGCUACACUCUCCUGAUGGUCUUCACGUUCUGGAUUCUAACAGGAACCAUCGGAUUCUAUGCCGCUUAUUUCUUCAUCCGAAAAAUAUAUGGGGCCAUCAAAAUCGACUGAUAUUGCGUGGUUUAUUUAGUUCUAGAUAACAAUUUUUUUUAUUUACGGUAAUUUUUUUUCUUCUCUAUUUUAAGUCUGACCUAUUGUACCUGAUUUUGUUCUCAAUUUUUGGGAGACAUUACGGGGUAUAACAGUCAUGACUUGGGGAUCAUAAGAAGUGUGGGGCGGAUCAAAUGAGGUGGCUGUGAUUUCUGUCAACAGUGUGGAAGGAUCUCAUCCUUCAGACGAAGGAGUCUCUUGAAUGUUAAAAUGGAUUAUCUACGCUCAUUAAGCUAUGUGUCUAUAUGUGAUAUAUCAGUAUAUAUAUAUAUUGGUGUUAAAUGUGUGAAGUAGCCUUUGAAAAAAUGCACUGCGUUUGUGAAUGUUAUUGAAAACUAUGCUUUUAAAGAGGUGGAACAUUGUUAUUAUCCCCUCUAUAGAAAAACUGAAAAUCUGAGCAAUUGCCAGACUUUUCCACCUUAAAUGCAUCUGUUGCAGAUCUUAUACAUAUGUACAGGAAUAUUAAUGUUUGACAACGAUUUCCUUGCAUCACAUUAUUGAUAUCUAGAACACAAGUACAUACUUGUAUGUAUUUUUGAGAAAUGAGUGUUAAGGCAUACUUAUUUGUAGUUGUCAUGUGUAUGCACAAUGCACAUGUACGUAGAUUUUGUGAGUUUGUGGCAUAUACUAAUAUUAAAUAACUGUUGGGGCCAAAAUACACUCAAACCUUAUCCUCUUAUCUGUGGGUGAUAUUUUUUAAAUCUGCAUUUAGUUUUCAUAUAAUGCACAUCCUUGCAUGUAUUUUUCUUUCAACCAUGCACAUCAUGAUUUCCUUUAGUCUAUAUACAAUGUACUAAUUAUUUUAAUUAAUGUAUUUUGAAAAAAUGCAAAAAAAAAAAGAGAGAGAGAAAGAUUUGUUGAAAUAUCGACAAAGAAAAUAAGAAGUGUGAAACAGAGUAUAUUUAUUUUGUGGUGAUUUGAGAAUGACUUGGAUGAAAGUUGAUUGAUGGACUUCUGGAUUACCAAACUUUGGAGAAAAAACUCAUUGACAGAUUCAAUCAGAAUGAAUGUUGAGAUAAGCUAGUACAAUAUUUUAAAAGGGGCAAAUUAUAUGUACUUAGCCAUGAGUUUGUCUUAUUUAUUAUGUUACCUGUGCAUGUACAGUGUAAUUCUUCUUAAGUUUGUUUGGGUGUUUUCUACAUACCUAUAGAUAAUUAAAAAAACGUUUUUUGUCAAGUGUAUGUGAAGUUUUGUGUGUGAAUUUGUUCAUGUAUAGAUAUGGAGUAUCCCGGCAUUGUAGUUUCAAUUAACAUAAACAUUCCCUUUAUAUAUUACAUGUAAUACCAAUGUAAUAGACAACUCACAUACCAAUGUAAUGGACAACACACAUACCAAUGUAAUGGACAACACACAUACCAAUGUAAUGUACAACACAAGAAUACAUGUUACAUACUUAGUAUUAAUCUUGGCACUUAAUUGAGAAAUCCUAUGACAAAAGACCACAAACCAUAGUCAUUAUUUUAAUACCGGAGUUUCAUGCGCUAGUAUAGGUAUUCAUUUUUUCUGUCCUCUUUAUAUUUGUUUAUUAUUUUUUGAAAAGAAAACACAAACUGAUAAAUCUAUGAACAUUCUGGUAUUUAUCAAUCAUUUGUUUGUGUUACAUAGAUUAUAUUUUCACUAUUAUUUUUGUAUGUGUUUUUUUUUUUAUAAAGAAAAGCAUGACCUUUGCGUGAACAUCUUUUAUUGUUGCAAGUGUUAAUGUAUGAAAUGGAUUGUUAUAGAUCCACCUUGGGGUUUUUGUUUUCUUCAUGACUAAGCAUCAAUAUUAUUGACUUUCCUGUGUUACACAAAUGUAAAUAAUGUUAGCGCUUUCAUUUAAGAUUUAAAUAUUAAGGAGUGUACAUGUAUGUAUGAAUAAACAAAUAUGUUUUAA